AUGAGUUUUGCUCGACCUGCACUUCCUCUGUAUAUCUCUUUUUCGGCCUCUCGCACGGUGGUAUCUAGCGUACGGCGCAGGAACCUCAAUUGGAAUGCAGUCAGACGAGAAGAGGCGGACCAUCGCGCAAGCUCGAAGCUCUUCGAGGAUGCCGCACGGGAGGAAGCUGAAGAAAGAAAGCAUCCUCCUUGUCCGAGUCAAGUAUCCAUCCUAGAAGGCCAGAAUGAAAACUGGACAGGCGAAGAGUCAAUUCAGGAUGCGGUCUUGCGCAUGCUCGUUGACAAGUACAAGCCUCUGCGGAGUGGCCCUAUCAGGACCGCAGACGAGAAGCUGAAGCAGGAUCUUCCGAAGGUGUCUGCUCCGGACACUAUUACGGGCCUGACUAGCGAUAUCAGCGCAGGGGAGCUCGCUGCGAACAUCAAUGCAAGCAGCAACACCGCCCAGGAUGCUCCCAGGCGUUAUCUCCCUGGAGAACCGCUGCUUCCCUCCAUCGAGGGACAUAAGCCAUGGCACACGACGUUCAAGGUACCGUCGCACGCGACUUCGAACGUUCGUCACGGUCACUUCCCUUCUCCGUCUCCCAAAGCCGCCCCCAGCCCUGUGCUCGAUGAGAAGGCGAAGCGGAAAGAGAGGGAGACACGGCGGCGCACGGAACAAGCUGGAAGGUUGUCUAGAGCUAAAGAGUCUACACUGGACUAUCGUCUUGGUAUCAAGGGCGAUGCCGCUGUGCAGAGGCGGGUGAACCCAAUCACGCUGAAAGGCUGGGCGAGUCUCGUUGAGGACAGGAUUGAGAGCGCCCGCCAGGAGGGCUUGUUCAGAAAUGUCAAGGGGCGUGGCCAACCUCUCGAGUCGACAACGCAGGACAGCAACCCAUUCAUCGCUAGAGAAGAGUUCCUGAUGAACCGUAUUGUUCAACGUCAAGGCGCAGCUCCUCCUUGGGUCGAAGUGCAAGGAGAGAUGGAGUUAGCCGUCACAUCUUUCCGCACGGUGCUGAAACAAUCAUGGACCAGACGUGCCAUCCGGAUGUUGACGCUGCAACCAACAGAUCUCCUACCCAAGCUGACGCUGGAUGAUGUUAUCGCGCUUCGGGAUGCGGAGUGGGAAGCCCGAGAACAGGCAUUCCACGAAACAGCAUUGGAAGAGGUGAAUGCCCUUGUGAGGAAAUACAACGGUCUCGCCCCUUAUGCGGUGCGCAAAGGAUAUUACUCGCGAAGCGCGGAGCUGGACAAGGCGUAUCGGGACUCUGCAGAGGACAUCCUUCAGGGCCUCGCCGAAAGGAUGAGCUCCGUUAAUAAGAGUGGCCGUUUUUCCGGUGUCACUGAUGGUUGGGAAGAUGAUGAUAGGGCUACAGAACCACCGGGGGUCACUUCCUCCGUGUCUAGAUGGACUCUGCGCGACUUGCUGCGGGAUUGGUGGACGAGCUUCAGAGGGCGGUGA